UUGGGCCUCCCUAUUUAACUUCGUUUUUUGAUUUUUUGUCAAUUCAGAAAAUUUCAUAUUGUCGGCGUGUUCCCUAUAAAUCCAAGAACAUUUCUCAGAUAACUUAUUCGUUUUAGCUUAGGAAAUUUCAGGGAGAAAAAUGAUCGGCCAUUGAAAAGACAGUGAAUUUGAAGGAUUUUCAAUUAUUUUGAACACAUCUAAAUGGAGUUGUUUUUUUUGGUAUAGUGCAAAUAUAGAUUUUUCAGAAUGAUUCAGUUUAUAUAUAAAUUAUGUAAUUUUUAUUAUAUAUUUUUAAGAAAAUCCAAUAUCUGCAAUUGCUUUAUUUAUCUCAAGGUGAUCAUUUAAGCAUUGAACACUAAUGGAUGUAUAGAUGACAAAAAGGAUAUAAUAUUAUCUUUUUAAUAAAUUUCAUUAUCAAUAUUAUAUUUUCGUAUCAAUAGUUCUAAUAAUAUGUGAAAUACACAGAAAAAAAUGGAUUGAAAACAUGUUAUACAAAAAAUAAAUCUUAUUGAAAAUAUGAUGAAUUGUAUAAAUUGGGAAACAGUGAAGUAAAAAUCUGAAUGGAUGAAUUUAAUGUGGGACUUUCACUGAGAAAAAUAUUGUAAAUUUAACCAAGGAGUUACAUAUUUGUACUAUCAUUAAAUUGGUAUUGGAAAACAGAUAAAUGUUUUGGUUGUAACACAUUGAUGUUAUUAUAUAAAAUAUAAUAACAUAUUUAAAAAAAGAAACAAAACUAUUUUUAGCUAUUGUUGUUAAAUUUGAUACUGUAUUAGGAUUGUUGACUUAAAUUUAGCAAAGUAACAAUAAAUGUCAGUUACUUUCCGGCUAACUUUAGAUGGAACUGAGUUUUUAUGAUGUAGGGCAUUGAUAAAGCUAAAGCCACAAAUUAGACUCAUGAAAUUUUAUCAUUGAGCAUGAAAGCAUUAUAUAAUAGAAAAUAAAAGGAAAUAAUUUAGGUAUGAAUUAGUAUCUAUUUUCUAAGUAAGCUUUUAAAAAAGGUAUGGGUUUAAGUAAAAUUUAAUAUUAACCGAGUUAUUUCAACAUGAAGAUUGAUUGCAAAUAUAAUACAAAAUCAUUCCCUCUCGUAUUCACUAUGUUAAUUCUGUUGCUUUACUUAAGUCAUUCGCAAGUUGGAGAAUAUACGCAGAAAAGUGUUCCGAAAAAAACUCUGUCAACGUCUGUUUGGUGUCAGACUUCCAAAUUUGGCAAUAAAAAGUGUUCUUUUCAAAAUUUGUGCUUCAACAAGUACUUAAAAUUUCUCUUCGUACUGACAGAAAGUUCAAUUUUAUCAGGCGUCAAAUUGAGAAAGGAUUUGGAGACUAUAAAGACGUCUUCAGUUACAAAUAAUUCAGCGUUUUUCCUGAAAAUGUCAAUUGUGUUUCCAUCCCAAUUUCCUUCUAACGACAUUGAAUGGUUUCAUGACGAUAUAUUCGCCUUGACGCGCUUCAAACCGGAUAAUAUAAUGCAUGUUAUUCACGAUGACCUUUUACCAUUGCACAGCUCAUAUAAAGAACUGUGCUUAGGUAAUGUUUAUGAGUGCAGUAGAAGGUUUCAGCUUGCAUUUUUAGAUGAACACGGAAAUGGACCAUUUAUAGAAUGGUACAAGGCUUACUCUUCCAAGUCUCUGAUUCAUUUUUCCUCCUUUGAACAGUCAAAGACUAUUUGUUUUUCAAAACUGGUAUUUGCAAUAGAUGAAGACACUGUGUUUUACCAGUAUGGUUAUAAAAUUCCCCAUGGCCCGGUGCAUACAAGCUUGUCACCUGCUCUCAUACUUGAUUUUAAAAACUAUAUGCUUGGACAUUUCAACAUUAAACAUGAAAAUGUACCAAAGACACAAGUGUAUACUUUGUUGUCUCGUAAGUUCAAUAGAAAACUAUUAAAUGAAGCGUACAUAAUAGAAAUGAUCAAUCAGUUAAGUCUACCUUCAAAACCAUGCGUACUGACAUUUGAUGUAGUGCAAAAUUCAACAAAUGAAAUUUUGACCUUGAUUUCAUCAUCUUCAUUAUUUAUUGGUAUGCACGGUGCAGGUAUGAUGUUGAGCAUAUUUUUACCCAAGGAUUCAUCCGUUGUUGAAUUGUUUCCAUUUGCAAUACACAAAGAAUAUGUUUCGCCUUUGUAUGCAUUGACAAAAUUAAAAGGCCUACACUUCCGUUAUAAUUCCUGGACGAAUUUGAAUAAAAACAACUCAGUUUUACAUCCAGAAUAUCCCAGUAAGCUAGGAGGUGUGAAUCAUUUGCCUCGAACUUAUCAGCUCGAUAUUAUAAAUUCAAACAGUGUUCCACCAGUUUUUUGUUGUGACAACCCUCUAUAUUUGUUUUGGAUGUAUCAGGACACUAUUGUCGAUUCGAGUAUAAUUCCUGUUUUGAAUAGUUCUCUCAUAACAAAAUACACUCCUGCUUUUAUUAAUAAAGAAAAAUGGUUUUUUCCUGGUUCUGUUAGGAAUUUCAAAAUCGGUUAUUUUGAAACUGUCUUAUUCGCUUCUUGGUCUCCUCCUUUCAACACAUACGGGAUCAAUGUGUCGUACAGUCUUUUAUUAUCUACACCGUUUAAAAAUGUAACUUUGAUCACUAAUGAGGUAAAUGUGACUUUAAAUUUUAACAAGAGGCUAGAUGCUUGCCACGGUUGGGUUUUAUGCAUUUUUGAUGGCAUUGAGGGCGUAGACACAUUCUCAAAAUGUAAUGAUACAACUUAUUAAUUAGGUGUUAAGCCUGUUUAAUUGCCUACUAUAAAUGACAAUCUGGUUUUAUAUUGUAUUUUUAGGAAGAAAGAUUAAAAUCUUAAUUGUGUAUUGAAAAAACCUUGGCCAAACUUUUGUAAUGCGGUGUUAAGUUUGGUUUUAGUAAGUUGGUAUGUAUUGCUUAAUAUAAUCUUUAAGGCCAAGCAACAUUUAGUUGCCUUUAUUUUAAUGCAUGUAUGUAUAGACUGAAACUCGUGUUUAAAAAUUAUUGUGAUAUUUAUUACAUGUACAUACCUUGAUAUACUAUUGAAAAUAAAUGAUUUCCUGAAGAUA